AUGUCAACAGAGGCAGAAGUUCAACCAGGUGGCAAACCCCAUGUCAGAAAGGAGUCGUCGCGGAGGAGAGGUCAGGAUCGCAGCGAGGCCGGCCUGAUCAAGCGCUUCAGGGGGGAUGGUAUCCGUUACAAGGCCAAGCUGAUUGGGAUUGAUGAGGUGACAGCAGCGCGUGGAGACAAGCUGUGCCAGGACUCCAUGAUGAAACUCAAGGGGAUUGCAGCUUCAGCGCGAUCAAAGGGCGAACACAAGCAGAGAAUCUUUCUCACCGUCUCCUUUGGUGGGAUUAAGAUCUACGAUGAGAGAACAGGAGUUAUGCAGCACCACCAUGCUGUGCACGAGAUCUCCUACAUCGCGAAGGACACACGAGACCACCGUGCCUUUGGCUACGUCUGUGGGAAAGAGGGCAACCACAAGUUUGUUGCCAUCAAGACUGGUCAUUCAGCUGAGCCCCUUAUCCUUGACCUGCGCGACCUUUUCACCCUCGUCUAUGAUAUCAAACAGCGGGAGGAGGUGGAGAAGAAAUCUCAGAGGGAUAAACACUGUGAACAGGCUGUCUACCAGACAAUUCUUGAGGAUGAUGUCGAAGAUCCCGUGUACCAGUACAUUGUGUUUGAAGCUGGACACGAGCCUCUCCAUGGCCCACAAUCAGAGGAAGGCGUUUAUCAGGUCCCAACCAGUCAACAGAAAGAAGGAAUCUAUGACGUUCCAAAACGCCAUCUUAUGACUAACAUCAACCAGUUUGACCUCUUUGGUGACAUGGCCACUCCACCCGAUAUCCUGUCGAUGCCCGCCUCCCCUGCCAACACCCUGGACCCCAACCGUGGUCGACGCCAGCGCCCACUCCCCUCGGAGCUGUUUGCCCACUUCAGUCCCCCGGCCGUGCCCUCAGGCUACAUGACCAUGGGAGCCGUGCAGGCAGCCCAGUGGGCCCAGCAGUCCUUCGCUGCCCAGGCGGGGGCCCCCCUGGCGUUUGGCGUCCCGGGGCCCCUGCAGGUGGCUCAGGUGCUGCCGGGCGGCCAGCCUGUCAUCUGGGGCCAGGCCAACCUCUUCCACUCCCCGGCCACGGGCCAGCAGCAGUGGGCCUUUGUGCCCGCCCAGACCGUGGGCAUGAGCGGGCACCCUCUCCCCGCCGCCGUCCUGCAGGGCCUGGUGCCCAUCGCCGCCAUGCGACCGCACUCCUGUGAGCCCUCCACCGCCCCCUCCUCGACCAUGGGCAGCCCCCAGCAUCUCGCGGACGCCAGGCUGCAGCAUGCGGCCACCAGGGAGGCUGUAGCCGAGGGCCUCGGUGCGAUCCACUUCCCCCUGGCUGGAAUGGGCAUUGCUGGCGCUGGUGCUGGUGCUGGUGAUGGUGCUGAAACCAGUGGUGAUGCCGGAGCCGGAGGCGAGCAGCAGUCGGGCCUGGGAGACACUUGUCAGGCUGGGCUGGUGUCGGACAUACAGCGGGCCGCCAGCCAAGAGGGGGACGACAGCUGUACUGACCUGGAUCUCUCGCAGAUGACUUUGACCCCGGGGUCCUCCUCACCACCCUCCACCAGCGACUCAUCCCCGACACCACCCUCCAAGCAGACCCCAUCCUGUCAGUCUCCACCUGCUCCGAGCGCUGAACUCCCUGUGGAGCAGGCACCGUCUGAAGCAGGAGCCGGCCCCGCUCACAGCAUGGAGGAAGCAUUGGGUGCAUGUGCAAGUGUCAGCCCCUCUUCCUCCGAAAUCAUGACAGAGCCUCCUCCGGUAGACCAGUCCAAUACAACAGCGGAGUCCUAAAGAGACCCAAUGAUGACUCGUCCCUACCAAGAAGCCAAUGGGAACAAACAAACUGACUGACUUGAACGUCCCUUUGGCUGAAUAUGGAUAUUUUUUCUAGUUGCCAAAAAAUGUUUCAAAUAUUAUAAAAUAAUAUUUGAUACCAAAGUCAUGACAUAUGCCAGGAAGGACGGAUUUCCAGUCAAAUUGUCUUUUGAAGGAUUAUUAAACAGAGCAAACAUGAAAGGUUGCAGAGAUAUAAUUCUUGGAUCAGAAAUUAUUUUUGAAAAAAAAAGACUGCAAUAAGGAACACUGUGCUAUCUUUUGUGCGUAUGCGUGUGAGGAGGAAGAAAAAGACAAGAGGACAUCAGCACUUACUUAAGGAUGCAUUUCAGCGCAAAGCCCUUCUACAUCGUGACGACACCGUUACAUCACACGUGAUGUUACGGUACAGAGCUGCUCAGGCAAUCAGAGACGUUUUUUUGGGGCUGUAAAGCAACGGACAUGUCUUUCCUGCUCCAUGUGUAAUCUCCUUUUGAGCCCUAUCCUCAUGGGGCUCUCCGCUCCCUCCACCUCGGCACCACUUACCAUUCCAAUGGCAUCAUCAAACUGACUGCUGCCCUAGGCACAUUGGGAAAUGGUGAAUGGUAGGGUGGAUUUUUGUUUUCUUUCCCUUUUCUUUUCCGGAUGUGUGUUUGGUUGAAGCAAGACCUAAUGGUUGUCAGUCACACAUGUUUGUGACCAUGUGAAUUUGCAGAAGGAGGAGGACUGACUUGUUGCGCCAAAAGGGAACUAUGAAAUGCCAUUCAAGCAUGGAUUUCUCAACAAAAAAGGACAGACAGAAAAAUCUCAAUAGCUCAAGUUUAUUCACAAUAAAUUUUAUACGGUGAAAGAAGAAAAAUAAAAAGUUUCUUUGUUCAUUUCUCCCCACCUUCCUCCAUUGUAAGUGAGUCAAACUUCUGUAGUUUGGUCAGCCCAUGUGUUUUAUUGUGAUAAAGGAAAGUCAUGAAUUCUAUUCUGUUUACCAAAAUAUUUUGUAAAUAUCCAGGGGAAGACCCUGAUGGAGCUCAGUGGUAUGAAGCUCAGUGGUAUGAAUCUCCUUGUUGCCAAUCACUGCAUUUACUAAACAGCCGUGCUGCAAUGCACUGCAUCUCUGAAGUAGGGUUUGUAGAAGUAGAUUUACUUUUACGGAUGUAAUUACAACACUACUAGUAUGAUAUUACAUAGUUGCAACUAUGUAAUUUGACAUUACGAGUGUUGUCAUUACAUCUCAGGUAGUUCUACUUCUUCUUGAUUACAUCUCUGGUUAGUAGCCAUGCCAGAUGCUCCAAGGAAGCUAUCGAGUGUAUGUGAAUAUGUACGAUGGACCUCUCGAGGUCCUCUUACUACUGAUGUGUCAGCCUGUUGGAUGGAUGGAUGCUAUGCUAUUGCUAUUGCUAUGCUAUGUGCGACCGGUUCAGACUGUCCCAAAAGAGAAGUAGCCUACUGCUCAAUUGCAUAUCUGUCAUUGUGGUGGUCGGACGUGUUUGGUUCAGUUCCAGUCAGUCUCAGUUGCUGUGUGUUGGGAAAAUAGUGGUACAGAAGUAGACAUGUUUUCACCCCUCUGUUUUCCUGUUGAAAAAAAUAAAAAAUAGUAAUGAAGAGACUGCAGAUGGUCAUGAUACCCAACCCGUUCCAUUUGCUGUUGUGUGUUGACAUAGGCGUCUCAGUUCAGGUCAUCUGAAAAGCAACUGUUUUGAAAGCCCUUUUUUUUAAAACGGAAAGUGCUGCUUAAAGCUCUGCUUGAUAUGUGUCGUCUUUCUGUUUUGAAUUGCAGUUCUUUUUGCCUUAUGAUUUUUUGUAUGCAGGAUCACUGAGUCAGUGUUACCCACUACAGCCAAUACUCCCGCUAUUCAUCGUAGUCACAUUCUUGUUCUAUGACAAAGAGUUUGGCGAUGCCAACCUGACCUUUGUAGAUGUUGUCCAGAUUAAUCUUUGUAAUCCUCAACAGGCCUGUGUAGUGGUCAGCAAUUCUCAUGUCAUGUAUUGAAUAAUUUAUUGUAACAUCACAAGGGAUUUAAUAUUUGCAAUAUAGUUUCUGAAUUUAACACAACCUGUAGGGUUUUUUUUCAAAGAUGAUUAUAUUUAUGACUACAAUGUUUGUUUUUUUUGCUUUUGAAUUCAACAUCUUGCCA